GUCAGAAACUGCAGACAGGACACAGGAGAUGGUCAGAGACAGUGGACAGGAUACAGGAGACAGUAUACUGCAGACAGGACACAGGAGAUGGUCAGAGACUUCAGACAGGAUACAGGAGAAGGUCAGAGACUGCAGACAGGAUACAGGAGAUGGUCAGAGACUGCAGACAGGAUACAGGAGAUGGUCAGAGACUGCGGACAGGAUACAGGAGAAGGUCGGAGACUGCAGACAGGAUACAGGAGACGGUCAGAGAUUGCGGACAGGAUACAGGAGA